CGCGCGGCUCCGAGCGAACUGCGCUUGCGCGAGCGAACCUAUGCUUGUGGGCUCGUCAUCGCGACCGCCACCUCUGCUGGCUACGAAACCAGCGCGCCUGUGCCGUUCCUUGGCUCGCGCCCUCACGCUCCCCUUCGGAAGCGGAGCUGAGGGGAAGACCCGGCUGGUGAUCCACACGUCUGUUCUCAGUCGUGGUCCGGGCGGCCAUGUCGGCCGGGGAGGUGGAGCGCCUGGUGUCGGAGCUGAGCGGCGGGACCGGUGGGGAUGAGGAGGAAGAGUGGCUCUAUGGCGAUGAAAAUGAAGUUGAAAGACCAGAAGAAGAAAAUGCCAGUGCUAAUCCUCCAUCUGGAAUUGAAGAUGAAACUGCAGAAAAUGGGAUAUCAAAACCGAAGGUGACUGAGACCGAAGAUGAUAGUGAGAGUGACAGUGAUGAUGAUGAAGAUGAUGUUCAUGUCACUAUUGGUGAUAUUAAAACUGGAGCACCACAGUAUGGGAGCUAUGGAACAGCACCUGUAAAUCUUAAUAUCAAGACAGGAGGAAGAGUUUAUGGUGCGGCAGGAACAAAGGUCAAAGGUGUAGACCUAGAUGCACCUGGAAGCAUUAAUGGAGUUCCACUAUUGGAAGUAGAUUUGGACUCUUUUGAAGAUAAACCAUGGCGGAAACCAGGUGCUGAUCUCUCUGAUUACUUUAAUUAUGGUUUUAAUGAAGAUACAUGGAAAGCUUACUGUGAAAAGCAAAAGAGGAUACGAAUGGGACUUGAAUUAAUACCAAAUAAAAUUACGGCCGAAGACUAUACUAUGGAAGUUACACCAGGUGCAGAGAUCCAAGAUGGCAGAUACAAUCUUUUUAAGGUACAGCAGGGCAGAACUGGGAAUGCAGAGAAGGAAACAGUGCUACAGUCUGCCAAAGCUGAAUUUACAUCUCCUCCUUCUCUCUUCAAAACAGGACUUCCUCCAAGCAGAAACAGCGCCUCUUCUCAGUCUCAGACAAGUUCUGCCUCCAGAAAAGCCAAUUCAGGCAUCGGGAAGUGGCAAGAUCGAUAUGGGAGGGCCGAAUCACCUGACUUAAGGAGAUUAUCUGGCACAAUAGAUGUAAUUGGUCAGACUAUCACCAUCAGCCGAGUAGAAGGAAGACGGCGGGCAAAUGAAAAUAGCAAUAUCCAGGUUCUUUCCGAAAGAUCUGCUGCUGAAGUAGACAACAAUUUUAGCAAACCACCUCCAUUUUUCCCUCCAGGAGCUCCUCCAACUCAUCUCCCACCACCUCCAUUUCUUCCUCCUCCUCCAACUGUCAGCACUGCUCCACCUCUGAUUCCACCCCCAGGUAUUCCAAUAACUGUACCACCUCCAGGUUUUCCUCCUCCUCCAGGAGCUCCUCCUCCAUCUCUUAUACCAACAAUAGAAAGUGGGCAUUCUUCUGGAUAUGAUAGUCGUUCUGCUCGCGCAUUUCCAUAUGGCAAUGUUGCCUUUCCUCAUCUUCCUGGUUCUGCUCCUUCAUGGCCUAGUCUUGUUGACACUACCAAGCAGUGGGACUACUAUGCCAGGAGAGAGAAAGACAGAGAAAGAGAGAGAGAACGAGACCGUGAGAGAGACCGCGAUCGGGAUCGGGAAAGAGAACGUACCAGAGAGAGAGAGAGGGAACGUGAUCACAGCCCAACACCAAGCGUUUUCAACAGUGAUGAGGAACGAUACAGAUACAGAGAAUAUACGGAAAGAGGCUAUGAGCGUCAUAGAGCAAGUCGAGAAAAAGAAGAACGACACAGAGAAAGAAGACACAGAGAAAAAGAGGAAACAAGACACAAGUCAUCUCGAAGCAAUAGCAGAAGACGCCAUGAAAGUGAAGAAGGAGACAGUCACAGGAGACAUAAACACAAAAAAUCAAAAAGAAGCAAAGAAGGAAAAGAAGCUGGCAGUGAACCUGCCCCAGAGCAGGAGAGCACUGAGGCUGCUCCUGCUGAAUAGGCCUUUUGUGCUUGCAUUAAUGCCAGAAAUUGGCUGCUUUAAAUCUUGUUAUUUUUCUGGAUAAUGUUUAAAAAAUUUCCUCUUAAUCUUGUUCUGUUAGUAUGAAAAGAAAAGGUUAAAUUUUUUUUUUCAAAAUAAAGAGUGAAUUUUUCAUGUCAA